AUGACUCUCCUCAAUGGACAUGAUUCCGGUGCAUCCACCGAGAAAUCCUUUCAUCGCGUCAGGAACCUGCCUGGCUAUACUACGCCUAUAUUUAAUGGCAAAGAUGAACAACGCGCUAAGGUGAAAGUCGAUGUUACUGCUAAAGUGCUGCAAUCUGGUUUCAUUCCUCGUGAGCUGGUCAAGAACGAGGUUGACUGGUUCUACUCUCAACUCGGCAUCGAUGAUACCUACUUUCAAAAUGAAUCGCCCUAA